GAAUUCCGGACCUAGACACAGACACUUUUUAUCAAAUUAAAGAGAUCAACAUCAACAUGCAAAAUGGCUCCUAACGUGUUGAUAGUGGCCCUAAGAGAAAAAUGUCAUUUUUGUUAUGAGUGAAGUUGCCAGAAAUGUACUGAAUGUUUACUUAGUGUCAAAAUAUCAAUUGAAGUAUAAAUAUCUCCACACAUUCCGUAAAAAGUCCUUUAAAUGAAAUCAAUAGCCAAAAGAAAUUUCUGAAUUAUUCUGUGCCAGUGAUAUCAGAAGUGUCUUUGUGAGGUGAUAGGGGCAAUGUAACAUCUCAAUAACAAUAUGGAAUCCCCUUUUGAAGAAACAUGUUCCCAGAAGCCAAGUCUACUAGAUUCAUUUCCUUACAUCAAAAAUGAAUUACCAAAAUACAUCUUAGAUGAUAACUUGAUGAAAAGUGGCUUCACUAGCGAUGAAGAUAGUUUCAAUGAACCGCCGAUCACCUUUGACUUCAAUAAUGAAAGCGACAGUUGCGAAGAGCUGGACUCUCUCACAAAAACCGUGCGCAAAAACAGGAGGAAGGCAUCUGCACCUCAAAGAGCCAUUCAGAUAGAGUCUAGCCAGACCGGUUCUAUUGAAAACAGCUCAGAGUCAUCUCAAGAUAACACAGACAGUUUGAACUUUGGUAAUAUUCAGAAUCUGAGUUUGAGAAUGAAAGAUGACUCUCUGCUUGAUUUUGGUGAUAGCGAGGAGCUCUGUGAUGACUUACUUCAAAAUAUAAGUGAAGAUGAUAUUUUUAAAGACUUGCAGGAGGAAGCAGAUGGUGAAACUCUAGACGAUGAAAUGAUCGACAAUGUCAAGGAAGAAUGGAGAGCUCAUUGGGGUGUGAAAUGCAACAUGUGUGAACAAGUAUUUCCAUUCAAAACUGAAUUUGACAAGCAUUACAUUUCUAGUUACAACUUGAGCCCUGUAUAUACCUGCACGUUUUGCAAUAAGUCAGCUGAGAAGUAUUCAACGUUUCGAUCGCAUUGUUAUCGACACAUUACUGAGGGUCGUUACAAGUGCCAAGAGUGUCCCAAAGGUUUCAGCUUGCAGAGCAUGCUGCACGUGCACAUUAUGGCCAAACACACCAAAGCAAAACCUUUCAUGUGUGAGGAAUGUGGCAAAAGUUUCGUCACAAAACCCGGUCUGAAGAUUCACAUGAAAAAACACAAGACUGAAACGAAGGAAGACUACCCUUGCGUGGAGUGUGGAAAAGUAUUGCAUACGAGAGGAGGUCUGACUUCUCACAUGAAUGUUCAUAGAUUGGGGAGGAGAUUCAUGUGCGACGUUUGUGGAAAAACUUUCACUCAAAAAGUCAACAUGCAACAACAUGUCAAGCAACACACUGGUGAUAAACCUCAUGGAUGUGUCAAAUGUGGAAAAACAUUUGCUGAAAAAUCGCACUUGGUUCGUCACUAUAGUUUCCACAGCGAGGAACGUCCCUUCAAAUGUGAAGUGUGCCAAAAGAUGUAUAAGACUGAAAGAUGCUUGAAAGUUCAUAGUCUUGUCCAUGCAGCAGCUAGACCUUUCGUGUGCGGAUAUUGCAACAAGGGAUUUUUAAGUAGUACUAAAUUGAAGCAACACUAUAACAUCCACACUGGAGAAAGACCUUACAAGUGUAAAUAUUGCGAACGCACAUUUACAAACUACCCAAAUUGGUUGAAGCAUACUCGCAGACGACACAAAGUGGAUCAUAAGACGGGAGCUGAACUUGAACCUAAGGUUGUGAAGGAGGAGGCACCUCCAACACCAGCGCCAUCUAUACCGCCACCACAACAACCACCUUCACAACCAGCUCCACCCGUACCAUCUCCACCGCAGAACCAAACGGUAGCAAUGCCGGAGAUAGCCUCAGAUCUGGGGACGAUCAUAGGAGACGUGAGUUUCAGCAAAGCUGAGGAACUCCUUUUGCAACAAGGGUUGUUUAACUUUCCUUUGUUGGACGAUAAGGUUCUUUUCAGCCAGCAAAUGGAUUUUCUAGCUGGUUGGGUGAAUGAAAAUGAAACAAGGCUCAUCGUUUGUAUCUGUUCAUUUUGUUGGGAAAGUCUUCUUUGUAGGUUUUCAACCUUGUCACUUCCAUCUCCUCAUGGGAGUGAGAUCCAAACCUUGAAUAUUUAAUGAAGUUGAAAGCCAAGAGACACUUCUUUUGAAAGGUCAUCAAAUUCCCUUUUCAACACUUCUUACUUUUUUAAAUUCGAUGCGAAGAAUAUAAAAAAAAAUU